AUGUCGCCUAUAAAAGGGGUGAUGAGAUUCGGCAAGAAGGACAAGCUUAGUCUUCCAUACAUUAGGCCAUUUGAGAUUCUUGACUGUGUAAGGCCAGUGGCUUAUAUGUUGGCUUUACCACGUAGCCUAUUUGGAGUCCAUCCAGUGUUUCAUGAGGAACUGGUUGCAAUUCUAGAUCGCGAUGUCCGAAAGCUAAGAACCACGGAGAUAAAGUCUGUGAAAGUUCAAUGGAAGUAUCGUCCGGUUGAGGAAGCAACUUGGGAAAUCGAGAAGGACAUGCGAGACAAGUAUCCAGUUAUUCGACGACUCAGGCUAUUACACAGUCGAGAAUUUACCCAGUGCGCACAAAAUGCUCACCACAGAGUUCUCACUCAAAGAGCAGAGACUGUGGCAUAA